CUCUAUUUGCUCCCUAAUUUUAGUGAGGAUGACAUUACUAAUUGAAAAAAUGUUUUGAGGUACACUUUGUAAUUUUAUUUUAUUUUGAACAUAAGAUAACUGCAACCGCUCAUACUUAAAAGUGUGAGGUACCCCUUCGUAUUAACCCUUUAAUUUUGGUCAUCCUUAGCUGGUUGCCAUUUUGGACAUUCUUGACGUACAUUGGCACGGGCCAUCCAAACACUGAGAUCUCCGUGACCGAGUGUUCACACUUCACUGAAUUGACAACAUGGCGGUGGUUUAUUUCAGUGGUGGUGGUUGGAGAGAGAUAGGGAGCUUUAGCCUCCACGUCCUCACCGGCCGAUGGUUCAUGUUCUUUGCUUCGUUGCUGAUCAUGUCCGCCUCCGGUGCAACAUUCAUGUUCGGCCUCUACUCCGGCGACAUCAAAUCAUCACUUGGUUACGACCAGACAACCCUCAACCUCCUAAGCUUCUUCAAAGACUUAGGUGGCAACGUCGGAAUCAUCUCGGGACUCAUCAACGAGGUCUCACCGCCGUGGGUGGUUCUCUCCAUGGGCGUCACCAUGAACUUCUUCGGCUACUUCAUGAUAUGGCUUGCCGUCACCGGAAAAAUUUCCAAACCCCAUGUUUGGCAGAUGUGUUUAUAUAUAUGUCUUGGUUCAAGUUCUCAAUCAUUUGCCAAUACUGGGGCUUUAAUCACCGGCGUUAAGAACUUUCCGGAGAGCAGAGGCAUUGUUUUAGGCCUCUUGAAGGGUUUUGUUGGCCUGAGUGGUGCUAUAAUCACACAGCUAUACCAUGCUUUUUAUGGACACAAUUCCAAGUCUCUGAUCUUACUGAUCGGUUGGCUUCCGGCGGCGAUUUCGUUCAUUUUUCUGAGAACAAUUCGUAUCAUGAAGGUUGUUCGACAAGUUAAUGAGGUCAAGGUCUUCUAUAAUCUUCUCUAUAUCUCUCUUGGUCUUGCUGGUUUUCUUAUGGUCAUCAUUAUCUUACAAAAUAGGCUCACCUUCAAUCGGAUUGAGUAUGCCGGAAGUGCCUCUGUUGUACUUAUUCUCCUCUUUGCUCCGGUGGGCGUUGUUAUCAGAGAAGAGUUCAACCUGUGGAAAACCAAGAAACAUGUGGUAGAUGAUUCUUCUCCAUUGAAAAUAAUCAAUGAAAACCCAUCUGCAAUUGAAUUAGCACCACCAGGAACGCCGCCGCCGCCGCCAGUCGGAGAUCCAACAAGUCCAGAAAAGCCUGUUUCAUGCAUGACCAACUCGUUCAAUCCGCCGGAAAGAGGCGAGGACUACACCAUUUUGCAAGCACUUUUUAGCAUCGACAUGUUGACUCUCUUCGCCGCAACAACUUUUGGUGUUGGCGGAACAUUGACGGCCAUUGAUAAUUUGGGUCAGAUUGCCAAGUCUUUAGGGUACCCAAAUGCUAACACAAGCACAUUUAUAUCCCUAGUGAGCAUAUGGAAUUAUCUUGGCCGAGUCGUAUCAGGCUUCGCUUCCGAAAUCUUCUUGGCAAAGUAUAAAUUCCCACGUCCCCUGAUGCUAACAUUUGUGCUUCUUUUCUCAUGUGUUGGGCAUCUUCUCAUAGCCUUUGGCAUACCCAAUUCUCUCUAUGUUUCUUCUAUUAUUCUGGGGUUCUGCUUUGGAGCUCAAUGGCCAUUAAUUCUCGCAAUGCUAUCGGAGUUAUUUGGGCUUAAACACUACUCCACAUUAUGUAAUUUUGGUGCCGGAGCAAGCCCUGUUGGGGUUUAUAUUCUCAAUGUUAGAGUGGCUGGUCAUCUGUAUGACAAAGAGGCUUUGAAGCAAAUGGCGGCGAAAGGGCUUCCCCGGAAAGCCGGAGAGGACUUGACGUGCACCGGAGUGGAGUGUUACAAAGUGGCUUUUCUGGUUAUCAUGGCAGCCACACUGGCCGGGUGUAUGUUUUCGUUUAUUUUGGUGAUUAGGACUAGAAAAUUUUACAAAGGAGAUAUAUACAAGAAGUUUAGAGAGCAGACCAACGAGGCCGCCACCACAAGCACCGAGCAACAGUAGAUGAAAUGGGUGCAGUGCAAACAUUGGAAUCUAAUCAUGACAAGAAAGGUCUUUCACUCAUUCAGCCAACCAGAAUACUUUUCUUCUUCUGGUUAUUGAGUCCAGGAAAGGUCAUUUACCACUACUUUUACUCCUCCAUCUGAUUCAGCCUUUGUCAUAUAGUUGUUGGAUUUCCUUCUUGUUUUGGGGCACACCUCCUCUGCAAAAAAGCAGAGGUAAUGUUCGACAGCACGCCAUUUUAUUUGUAAAAUGAUAUGGUUUGUCUCGAAAUAACAUCUCCUAUCAUACACUAGAGUCGAACCCCUUUUGAGCAUGCUCAACAAUUUCUUA